AGGUUGGGUUAAGGUAAAGUUAGAAUAUGGCACGUGGGCAUUCAUUAAUGUCAAAAGCUAACCUUAAAAAAUAGAGUUAAGUCAAGAUAAUGUUAACAAGGCGAAUAAUAUCAGUUUUAAGUAAACAACCAUGUGUUCGAGAUUACUCGCUCUCUCGAAUAUUAUACGCGCAAGGCGUAGAACAUGAAAAACAUAAAUACUCAUUGAAAGAGAAGGAAAAGAUAGAAAAGGAUAAUCCACAAAAGCCUUCGAAUGUUAUGUGGAUUUCUCUGAAGUCGAAAAAAGAGAUUGACUUCUCCUUUGGCAAUUUUUCCAAAUGGCUCGUGCAUAAAAGGACCGAAUAUAUCAAAGAAAAUCAGAGUUUCAUACCGGAGAGACAUGAGAUAUUGGGAGCUGAUCUGGCCACAGCUCACUUCAUCGUAUGUCGUGAUGGCCGGGUAAAAUUUAAGGGUAACACUUACUGGACGGAAAAGGACGAGAAAGGCUCGUAUGAUUUACCCAACCAGUACGAUUCCCGCUAUAUUCUUGAGGCAGUGGAUGCCAGUGACACUGAUCUGUAUUACGAGGGUCUGAGCAACUUGUGCGGCCUCCACAAACUCAAAUGGCUCAGUCUGAAAAAUUGCAGCAACAUCGAUGACUGGGGCUUGGACAAGAUCUCAGCGGAAUUCCCGGCAUUGGAACACUUGGACAUUUCUGGCUGUGAGAAGAUCACCGAGAGAGGAUUGGAGUCAUUGUAUAGAAUGGAAAAUUUAAAGACGUUGGUUGUAACAAAUCACUUUAGAACUGUGGCAUUCGAGUUAACUUGUUUUAUGCUGGAGGAUUGUAUGCCUAAUUUGACUUGUGAAAUUUAUACACCUGAAACAAUAGAAUAGUAAUAUUGAUAAAAAAUCUAGAAUGAGUGAAAUAUAAAAAUAUAUUGACUC